GGGAAAAAAUCAGUCUCAGCAGUUAUCCUAUAAUGGGGAGCAACUGUGCUGCAGUAACCCAAAAUGUUUGCAUUGCAAUGGCGUGUUUAGGAGGGAGGAGGUCCUCCGCUAAGAACAAAUAAACAAGAUCGCCAUGGCCACAGAAAUCGGCUCUCCACCCCGGUUUUUCCAUAUGCCGAGGUUCCAGCAUCAGGCACCUCGGCAGCUGUUUUAUAAGAGACCUGAUUUUGCACAGCAACAAGCGAUGCAGCAACUCACCUUUGAUGGGAAACGGAUGAGAAAAGCUGUUAACAGAAAAACCAUAGACUAUAAUCCCUCUGUAAUUAAAUAUUUGGAGAAUAGAGUAUGGCAAAGAGACCAGCGAGACAUGAGAGCAAUCCAGCCUGAUGCAGGAUAUUAUAAUGAUCUUGUCCCUCCAAUUGGAAUGCUGAAUAACCCUAUGAAUGCUGUAACAACAAAAUUUGUUAGGACAUCUACCAAUAAAGUAAAAUGUCCAGUGUUUGUUGUCAGGUGGACUCCUGAAGGGAGACGUUUGGUUACUGGGGCUUCUAGUGGAGAGUUUACGCUAUGGAAUGGACUCACUUUCAACUUUGAAACAAUAUUACAAGCUCACGACAGCCCUGUAAGGGCCAUGACUUGGUCACACAAUGAUAUGUGGAUGCUGACAGCAGACCACGGAGGAUAUGUGAAAUACUGGCAGUCCAACAUGAACAACGUCAAGAUGUUCCAGGCACAUAAGGAGGCGAUUAGAGAGGCCAGUUUCUCACCCACGGAUAAUAAAUUUGCUACAUGCUCUGAUGACGGCACUGUUAGAAUCUGGGACUUUCUACGUUGCCAUGAGGAGAGAAUUCUUCGAGGGCAUGGGGCAGAUGUGAAGUGUGUUGACUGGCAUCCAACAAAGGGGUUGGUUGUAUCAGGAAGUAAAGACAGCCAACAGCCAAUCAAGUUUUGGGAUCCAAAGACUGGGCAGAGCCUUGCCACACUACAUGCUCAUAAAAACACAGUGAUGGAGGUAAAGUUGAACCUCAAUGGCAAUUGGCUGCUCACAGCUUCUCGUGACCACCUGUGCAAACUCUUUGACAUUCGAAACCUGAAAGAAGAGCUCCAGGUCUUCAGGGGUCAUAAGAAAGAGGCCACAGCUGUAGCCUGGCAUCCUGUUCACGAAGGACUUUUUGCAAGUGGAGGAUCUGAUGGCUCUUUGUUGUUCUGGCAUGUUGGGGUUGAGAAGGAAGUUGGUGGAAUGGAAAUGGCCCAUGAGGGAAUGAUCUGGAGUCUGGCUUGGCAUCCUCUUGGACAUAUUCUCUGCUCAGGCUCAAAUGAUCACACUAGCAAGUUCUGGACUAGGAAUCGGCCUGGAGAUAAAAUGCGCGAUCGCUACAACCUGAACCUACUGCCCGGAAUGUCGGAGGAUGGAGUGGAAUAUGCUCCAGGAGAUGACCUUGAGCCCAACAGCCUUGCAGUAAUCCCUGGGAUGGGAAUACCUGAGCAACUGAAGCUGGCCAUGGAACAAGAGCAGCUGGGGAAAGAUGAAUCAAAUGAAAUUGAGAUGACCAUCCCAGGGCUGGACUGGGGAAUGGAGGAGGUGAUGCAGAAGGACCAAAAGAAAGUGCCACAGAAAAAAGUGCCGUAUGCAAAACCAAUUCCAGCACAGUUUCAACAGGCCUGGAUGCAGAAUAAGGUCCCUCUUCCUGCCCCGCCAGAGCCACUGAAUGACAGAAAGGAUGAUAUCAAACUGGAGGAGAAAAAGAAGACACAGGCGGAGAUUGAGCAGGAAAUGGCAGCCCUUCAGUACACCAACCCACAGCUCUUGGAGCAACUGAAAAUUGAAAGACUUGCACAGAAGCAAACUGAGCAAGUGCCGCAGCCACCACCUCCCGGAGGCUCUAUGCAUGGACCCCAGCCUUUCCCAGGACAAGGCCCAAUGUCACAGAUGCCUCAAGGAUUUCAGCAGCCCCUUCCACCUCAACAGAUGCCAAUGAAUAUGCCUCAAAUGGGACCCCCUGGUCCACAAGGACAGUUCAGACCUCCAGGACCGCAAGGGCAAAUGGGGCCUCAAGGUCCUCCACUACACCAAGGAGCUUCAGGUCCACAGGGGUUCAUGGGACCACAAGGACCUCAGGGACCACCACAAGGACUGACAAGGCCUCAGGAUUUACAUGGGCAUCAAGGAAUGCAGAGACAUCCUGGCCCCCAUGGGCCAAUGGGGCCUCAAGGGCCACCAGGCCCACAGGGUAAUUCUGGCCCACAAGGGCACUUAGGACCACAAGGCCCACCUGGGUCUCAGACUCAUUUGGGACCACAAGGCCCACCUGGUCCACAAGGGCACUUAGGUCCUCAAGGUCCCCCUGGUGGUCAAGGAAUGCAGGGGCCACCAGGUCCACGAGGAAUGCAAGGACCUCCUCUUCCUCAUGGAAUGCAAGGAGCUCCAGGAUCUCAAGGGAUGCAGGGUCCUAUAUCUCAAGGGCCAUUGAUGGGACUUAACCCAAGAGGGAUGCAGGGUCCACCAGGGCCCCGAGAUAAUCAAGGACCUGCUCCACAAGGGAUGAUGAUGGGUCAUCCACAAGAAAUGAGAGGACCUCAUAUGCAAGGUGGUUUACUAGGACAUGGUCCCCAGGAGAUGAGGGGCCUGCAGGGACCCCCACCUCAAGGUGCAAUGUUAGGACCUCCGCAGGAAUUACGUGGGCCACCAGGUGCACAAAGCCAGCAGGGACCUCCACAGGGUGCUUUAGUAGGUCCUCAAGGAAGCAUGCAAGGGCCACCAGGACCUCAGGGACAGCAGAAUCCUUCAAGGGGGCCACAUCCUUCCCAAGGCCCACUACCGUUCCAGCAGCAGAAAACUCCCCUGCUGGGUGAUGGGCCUCGUGCCCCAUUCAACCAGGAAGGACAGAACCCAGGUCCUCCACCAUUAAUUCCAGGACUGGGGCAGCAAGGAGGACAGGGCCGUCUUGCCCCUCACAACCAAGGACCUGGGCCUAAUAAAGGUGAUGCUCGUGGCCCUCCAAACCAUCACAUGGGCCCUCUCGCAGACAGAAGGCAUGAUCAGAACAGUGGUCCUCCAGAUCAUGGUCCUGAGAGAGGACCGUUCCGAAGUGGUCAGGAGUGGGGUGAUGGUAGGGACAACAGGGGCCUGCCUGACAGACGAGGACCUCACCCAGAUUUCCAUGAUGACUUUGAGCGGCCAGAUGACUUCCGUGAUGAUUUCCAUCCAGACAAAAGAUUUGGCCAUCGGUUACGUGACUUUGAGGGGAGAGGAGGCCCACCACUACAAGAUGAGAAAUGGAGACGAGGUGGCCCAGGGCCUCCCUUUCCCCCUGAUCACAGGGAAUUUGAAGGAGGGGGCUCAAACCGUGGGCCUCCUGGGGCAUGGGAAGGACGGAGACCAUCGGAUGAGAGAUAUCCGCGGGAUCCUGAAGAAGCACGAUUCCGUGGAAGACGGGAUGAGAGCUUCAGAAGAGGAGCACCCUCAAGACAUGAGGGCCGGGGACCUAGGGGAAGGGAUGGCUUUCCUGGUCCCGACGACUUUGGGCCAGAAGACAAUUUUGAUUCAUCAGAUGAUAACUCAAGAGGACGAGAUCAUGGCAGUCGAGGACGAGGUCGGGGCACUCCAAGAGGAGGACGAAAAGGUCUGCUUCCCACUCCAGAUGAGUUUCCCCGUUUUGAAGGAGGACGGAAACCAGAAUCCUGGGAUGGAAACAGAGAACCAGGUUCCCGCCAGGAUCACCCUCCUCAUGACGGACAUUCUCCUGCUACCCGAGAACGUUCUUCGUCACUCCAGGGUAUGGACAUGGCCUCACUGCCACCACGGAAACGUCCCUGGCAUGAUGGACCAGGGACAUCUGAGCACAGAGAAAUGGAAGGCCCAGGUGGGCCCCCAGAAGAGAGGGGCAAAGGACGAGGAAGUUCAGGACCUUCCCAGAGAGUGCCAAAAUCUGGGAGGUCUAGUUCUUUGGAUAGAGAUCAUCAUGAUGGAUUCCACAGAGAUGAAGCUUUUGGUGGAGGCCCUACAGCAGGCAAUAACCCUUCCAGAGGAGGAAGGAGUGGGAGUAACUGGGGAAGAGGAAGCAACAUGAACUCUGGCCAGUCAAGGCGAGGAGUAUCUAGGGGCACUGGAAGGGGCCGGUAGAAGAGGCUGUGACUGGGUGAUACCCAGUCCUUACUGGACAGUAUUUAAAUAGACUUCUAUUGUGGACUCCUUCAGAGAGUAAACCUGCAGCAACACAACCCUGAACUCCUACCUGGAAUAACUGAAUGUGCAUUAGUUCCUAACAAGGAUCAUUUCCUAGAUCAAGCAACUGCUACUAGCUGCAAGGUUGUAGCUGGCUUUCUGUUUUGCCCUCUCCAACCCAUCUUCCUCACCCUCUUUUUAUCUGCAUUGUUUUGUGAAGAUAAAAGCUGGAAUUUUUUUUAGUCUUGUGAGACAUGGAGCACCUCCACAGAUUUCUGUUCACCUCCAGAUGGAAAAUUGUUUCUAUAUGUACAGUUUGUCAGGAAAAAAAGUUAAGUUGUUUUUGUAUGAAUACAGAAUGUAAUUUGCGCAAGAAUUAACAAAAAAAAUCAGUGCAAUGUG